AUGACUUCCUUUUUCAACACUAUUAUUCUUCUUGUUUCGUUUCCAUUCAUAUAUUUUAAAUAUGGUGGAUCCGACGACUAUUCAAAUAACUGUUCAUCUCAUCUGAAGAAUUUGGAAAACGUAAUUGAUGGUAUUAUAUCUGGACACUAUGCAUCGAUGAAAAUCCAUGAGCCGACUGAGAAAUUGCAUUUGGCAUGUACUGAAACUAUUGAAUGUUUCGAGAAGAAUAUUGGAGAAGAAUCGGAUUCCGAACAUCACGAGUGGUCCAAGCUCUUCCGGAUUCAGAUUAAACCAAUCUGUGAUUCGCUUCGCUAUCAGAGUGGACUAUUUUUCAAAUGUAUCUCAAGUUUCCAAACGGCACAGUUCGAACUGAACUCAAACUCUUCGACAUUCCAAAGUCAGAACACUUUCGACAGCUGUGAACUCACCGAUCUUGAAUACCAAGAACUGCAUAAUGUUGUUGAGCAAAAAUGUGGAUUUUGGGCUCUUAAGGAUAUGGACGAUCACGAGGAUUAUGUGAGAAGCACCAUGUGCAAGCAUAAGUUUAUAAUUUGA